AUGCUCGAGACUUCGCCGAAGAUGACUGCUCUUGGGAAUCCGAAGGGAACAAGCGUUGCAUCAAAAAGGGGAAUGGAGAAAAUCAUCUACGACUUCUACCCAGAACUCCUCGACAGUCGUAUCCACUUGGCUCCUCACCAUCUGAGGGAAGACGAACAUGACAUUCCAGAGUUUCUCCCUUCCGACGUACGACAUGCUAUCGUGAAAAAUUGUACGGCACCCAGUCGUGACAGAAUAAGACCAGAACACCUGAAGCACCUUCCGCUAGUACUCAUAAGAAGUCCGGCGGGGCUCUUUACACGUUACCUGUCCGAAUGCAAGGUUCCUAAACAGUGGAAGACCAGCAAGACCAUGUUGUUGUAUAAAAAGGGAGAUCCAUAUGACAUAGACAACUAUCGCCCAAUCUGCUUACUGUCCGUCAUCUACAAGCUCUUUGCAAGAGUGAUCCUUAAUAGCGUUGAAAAAUCUUGGAUGAAGGACAGCUAUGCGAGCAAGCAGGGUUUCGAGAAGGAUUCAGCAUGA